CCCAGAAGCUCCGGGCUGUGGAACGAGCAACACAGAAAACAGAGACAAGAAUGAUUGGAGAACCUCUAGUUCUUUGAUUGGGCCGACGGAGGAGACGUGAAUGGGCGGGCCUUGAAUUUCACUGAGAUCCUGGGACUGCGAAAUGGAGGGGUGUGUGUCUAACCUAAUGGUCUGCAACCUGGCCUACACCGGGAAACUGGAUGAGUUGAAGGAAAGCAUUUUGGCCGAUAGAACUCUGGCUACUAGAACCGAUCAGGACAACAGAACAGCAUUGCACUGGGCAUGCUCAGCUGGUCAUACAGAAAUAGUUGAAUUCUUGCUGCAACUUGGAGUGCCAGUGAAUGAUAAAGAUGAUGCAGGCUGGUCUCCUCUUCAUAUUGCUGCUUCUGCUGGCCGGGAUGAGAUUGUAAAAGCCCUUCUGGUAAAAGGUGCGCAAGUGAAUGCUGUCAACCAAAAUGGCUGCACACCUCUCCAUUAUGCAGCUUCAAAAAAUAGGCAUGAGAUUGCUGUCAUGUUACUAGAAGGUGGGGCAAACCCAGAUGCGAAGGACCAUUAUGAGGCUACAGCAAUGCACCGGGCAGCAGCCAAGGGUAACUUGAAGAUGGUUCAUAUCCUUCUGUUCUACAAAGCAUCCACAAACAUCCAAGACACUGAGGGUAACACUCCUCUACACUUAGCCUGUGAUGAGGAGAGAGUGGAAGAAGCAAAGUUACUGGUGACCCAAGGAGCAAGUAUCUACAUUGAGAAUAAAGAAGAAAAGACACCCCUGCAAGUGGCCAAAGGUGGCCUAGGUUUAAUACUUAAGAGAAUUGUAGAAAGUUAAGCAGCUUGGAUUUAUUCUUUGUAUGUCUCAUUGUACUUACUAUCCUGGAAACUGUUGUACUACACACAAGGCAUCUUGAAUAAAUGAAAAUGUUUUCUCACCUUCAUAAUCUUACAACAUGUUGUAUUGGUCCUGCUGAAGUACCUGUCCUAAGCUUACAGCCCAUUUUUCAGGCAUCAAAAAACUGCUGAGGUUGUCCUACUGAUGUCAUUUAUUGUUCUCCAUUAAAUCUUGAUAAAUUUGGAGUAAGUGGUCCUGUGGCUGCCAUGAGUCUUGAGCAUCCUCCCAUCCACCUGCUGUCCUGUUGUGGAACAGAACAAGUCCAGAAGCAGGCAGCCAGUUGUUCUGUCUGAUGGUUCUAGGUGGCUUCUGUGCAGGUAACACAAAUCCUGACUUGUUUUUCAAACUCAUCCAGAGACCUAUGCCAAAUCUCUCUUUUCAACUAUGAGGCUAGUUUAUUUUUGUUACAGAGGGACAUUCUGUAUUUUAGUGGACCAAAUUUUAAGUUGAAUUGUAUAUUCCUAAAAUGAUGAACAAGAACAAUAGCCUAUGCGCCAUGUACCUUUUUGACAUUUUUUUAAAGAAAAAGUGUCUAUAUUGACUCACCUUGUUUUGAAAAGAAUUGUCAAGCUUAUUAAAGUAAUAUAUAACAAAAAUA